CAGCGCGGGUAAAUUCAGCGGGAAACCUGGGAUCCAACUUGGACCGUCAUGAUGAUGGCGACAGACUCUACUCUCUCCAAGUUGCUGCAGAACCCGGACCUGUUUGCAGCGGGAGGCGAUGACAGCGAGAGCGAGGAGGACCGCUCCCCACCACCUCCUCCUCCUCCAGCCCAGGGGAAGAGAAAGAAACCAGCUGCAGCGGGCAACAAGGACCCUAGGAAAAGCGAGAAAAAGCCAGCAAAACUGAAGAAGUCAGAGCUGAGUCUAAUGUACAGUGAAGGCCAGAGACUCAUCCGCGAGUCGGCCGUGAGACUGCCAGAAUACCAGCCAAAGACCAAAUCACUGGAUGGGUUUCUGAACAAGUUGAGGAGCAGGCAGAACGCAACUGGUUCGGCAGUGUGCUCCGGUCGAGUACCUCCAACAUCUGCUACCUCCUGCCUUCCCACUCCUCCUCCCUCCCUGGAGAAUACGGUGUCAGACCCAACACAGAACAAAGAGAAUGAACCAGUGAUGGUGGAGACAGAGCCCUCUUCUCCCUCUCAUCCUCCGUCCAUUGAACAGGGUUUGGAUAAAGAUAUCACAGAGGCUCCUGGACAGAGCAAAGACACAGACACACCAACCAAUGCACUAGAGAGGGUGGGCGUGGAAAACUGCGAACCAGUUGAAAAUGGCAGAGAAGAACUGAGCCUGGAGAGAGAAAAUGGAGAGCCUGUCGCUCCUGUAGCUGUUGAAACAGUAGAAAAACAGCAGACGAAAGAGAAGAAAGUUGACUCUCAGCCUCUGUCGAAAGUUGUUCCUCCUCCUCCUCCGAGGCAGACAAGUAUCACCAGUCUGUUUGCCCGGCAGCACAUGCAGCAGGCCAGCCGGAGCACAGUAACCCCCUCCACGGACACUGCAGAGCCUCCAGGAAAACCCAGGAAGACUAGGCUACCCCUUGACUCUAGCUCGCUACCCCCCGCACCAAAACUGAGCUCAGUCGAAGAGUUUGUGAUUGUGGAGAAGGAGAGAACUGAUGAGAAUCGCGAUCUCUCUCCACUAGAAAUGUUCCAGCUUAAACUAAUGGAGCAGAUGACAGGGACAGCGCGGCAGAUUGGGAAGAAUCUUGACAAGGGGCACGGGAAGAGAGAGGAAGAGGAGGGAGAGGGAGAGAAAGGAGACACGGUUCUAAAACCUCUCAUAUCCGAUGAUGUCAUAUCCAAACUGAAAGACAGACCUGGAGCCAUUCGGGAGGUGUGGCGAAGUGAACUGAGACGACAGAUGUCGCAACGUCUGGCGGAAGAGAGAAAAGCUGCGGAGGAAACCAAGAAAUUCUACAACGAGGAUCUCCCUGACGAAGACAUGGCCGAGGAAGAGGCUGAGUUUACGGACCCAGACACCAGCGAUCACGAAUUCCUCCAGAACGAAGCUGAGGAGAAGGAGGGAGAGAGCGACGCCUGCAGUGACCUGGACGAAGAUGAGAGAGUGGGGAAGAUGGGGACUGUUGGGGAGUCUGGGGAGGGUGUGGGUGGAGAGGGGGGUGAGGGAGGGAAGGGAGAGGAGAGGAGUGAGGGAGGGAGGGGAGAGGAGGAAGACGAUGGGUAUUCUGGCGGGGACGAGAGUGAAAGUGACGAGUGUUUCAGCGACAACGAGACGAUUCAUCUGACCAACCGGUCGUCGAAAAAGAAACAGAGAUUACUGGACUCUGAUGAAGAGGGAGAGAAGGGAGAAGGUGGAGAUGUGAUUUCUCCACCCAAGAGAAAGGCUCUGGUCUCAGAUAAACCCAGGAAAUCUCGACUCCCCAGUGGAGGUAUAGAGGAGGGGAGUAUGGGACCUCUCGCCCUGUUUGAAGAUAGCAACGAGAAUCAAUCUGAGCCAGUGGAUGGACGACAAGGGUCAGGCCUGGAUGCAGUGGAAAUGAGUGGGAAUAUGGAGUUGUCUGGUGUCGGUCUACGUCCAGAUGUGGAGAGGGAGAAGGAACAAGAAGAGGAGGUGGAGAUAGGUAUGGAGGAGAGACUGGGAGAAGACUCGAGGCCAGGACAGAGUGAGGAUCUCGAUGAGGAAGAUGUAGUGCCCACUCUGGCCAUUCCAGACUCCGACAGAGACAACAGCCUCGAGAACAGCUAUCUCUGGGCCCCCUCCCUCCCCGCUGCCCAGCCCUGGAACGACAACACCACCACCACGUGCGGCUCGGAGCCGCCGGGUGGAGAAGGGGGUGUGUCCCAGUGGGCGGGGUUCAGUCAGCGGUACCGAGAGACACAGAACACCUCUCUCGACGAGGAGACUCAGUUUCUGGACGCUAACGGAUUGCUGAAGCAGAAGAAGCAGGGACCUCAGAGCAGUUUAGUCUCCCUCCUUGCCGACACCUCUGGUGGUCUGGACGGGGACAGCAGCGUCGUCGACUCAGAGGAACUACUUGCCCUCUGUUCAGGGAGGUUCUUCACCCAGCCUGGUACCCAGAGGCCCAGCGGGGGAGGUCUCAGCAAACUCCUCCUGUCCACCAACGUCACCUCGCAGCCCGCCGCCACUGACAGGAGCACGCUGGACUCCGCUGACAUGAAUGAAGUCCUCGGAUUGUGUUCGGGGGCCUUCCCGCCAACUCAGGGACCCGAGAAAUCGAUGACUUCGGAACCCUUCACAAAAUUUGGUGUCGGCGUUCGUGAGUGUGGUGGUGGUGUUGACUCGGCCAGCGGUGAGAGUGGGGAGGAGGGGGAGGGAGGAGAGGUGCUGAGCUGGGCCCAGAGGCAGAGGAAACUCAGCUCCAUGUUGGCUCUGGUGGGAGAGAACGCCGAGGAGGAGGAUGACACCAUGCCACAACUGACUCGUAAGAGAAAGAGAGGCAGACCCAAACCCAAGGCAACCAAAGGAGAGAGGCUGGCAGAAUUUGUUGAGAGUGAGGCAGAGCUCUCUGGUGAGGAUGUGGGGAGUGACAUGGAGGAAGAGGAGGAAGGGGGCGGGGCCAGUGAGUACGAGGACGAGGGGGACCAAUCGGAUCUCCCUCUGUCCGAUUCUGAGCUCUGGAACCAAGUCAACAAGGCCCACAUGAAAGAGACGAUGGCAGAAGACAGAGCCAACCUCAAAGACCUAAAAGAAAGAUUCCUGCAAGGGGGAGAUUUGUACGAGGACGGGCUGGCACUCAAGAACGGGUUUUUCCGGUCGCGCAAGUUUGUGCCCCAGUCAGAGGGCUCGCUGGACCUGUUUGCGGAGGAGAGACAAGAGGAGAGUGGAGGGGAGGAGGGGGAGGGGGAGGUGGAGGACACCCAGAUGGAGGCACUGAGGAGGAGAGACCGGCUGGAGAGAGAAGAGUACAUGAAGAAAUGCAGGGAGAAGGAUUCCACUGGUCUCCUGGACGAGGACAGUCAGAGUAUUCUCAACAUCAUCCGAGACACCACUUCUACCCUCUCCACUCCAAGUGCCAGCAACUCUAGGAGUGAGCUCCCAGCGUUGGCUGGAAGUGGAGCAACCACCAACAGCACCAGGCGUGGAUCUUUCCUCCGUCAUAACUCUGCCACCCUGCGUCGCCUCUCCUCCCUCACCUCCACCACUCCCAACGUCUCCUCUGGCAAGACAUUUGUCUUCCAGAAGGCCUCCACUGAAUCAACUCCACUUUCUUCCGGCCACAAACGCAUGCCGUCCAAGAAGGCCACAUCAUCUUCAUUCAAACCACCGCAGAAGAAGGCAAGGGUUGUGAGAACUCAAACGGCACCGGCCAGUAACUCCAGUGUGUUCAACUUGUUCUGACCACCACCACCAUUCUCUCUCUCUCUCUCCCUCCCUACUCUCAUUGUUUUGGUGUGUGUAGAAAUGUAACAUUCUCACACUGUACAACAACCAGUACCAAAAUCGAACUUUUGGGAGU